GCGUGUGUGUUGUGUCUGUGUCUGUGUGUGUGUGUGUGUGUGUGCACAGGCCGUGAAGAAGACUUUUUUCCACAAGAAGCAAGCAAGCAAUCAUUCUGGAGAGACCCUUUUUUUUGUUUUGUUGCAGAAUUUCUGCAAACUAUGCCAACAACAAGCUUGCAGCUCUGGGGUUGUCUGCCCGUUGGUUGCACUAGAGGAGCGGGGAGCAGCGGCGGUGGCAGUGGCGGCGGCAGCUGCACUCGCUGCAAGUAGCCGGGGCCGCGGCUAAUUGAUCACUCGCUCUGUCUCCGUCUCUCUCUCCCUUCUCUCUCCCUCUGCCUCUCAUUUGAAUAAUCUCCAAGUGUCUCCCCCUCUGGAAAGGAUCCAAUCGUCUGUCAGAUGCGGCGAUGAUUAAUCGCAAUGCAUUAUUGAUAAUCAUAAUUAUAUACUGACAUGCGCACUCGUGCCGCUCCUGCCCGGCUAAUUUCCGUAAUUUUGCAAGUCGGUAUUUGUGAAAUUUUUUUAUAUGCCUCGCUGAUGUAUCUGCCACCAUGUCGCGCCGCAAGCAACCUAGACCCCAGCAUCUCAAGUCAGACGAGGAAGCGGUGCCAAUAGUUUCUCAAAAUUUCCCAAGGGAAGGACCGGAUGAUGCUGAUAGUGGGAAUGAAAGUAGAAGUGGAAGUGAAGAAACGCACAUCUGCGAGAAAUGCUGUGCAGAAUUCUUCAAGUGGUCUGACUUCAUGGAGCAUCAGAAGAACUGCACGAAGAACCCGCUCGUCUUAAUCGUCAACGACGAGGAGGCAGCGCGCUCGGAGGAAUUGCCCGAGGCUUCCCCUGCCAGCAGCCCGAGCGACCAAGUGGAGAGCGAAGCUGGUGAGGACAAUGCUCCGUUAGAGGGGAAUGACUGCUCUGAGGUGAAGAGUGCCGAGCAAGAGGAGCCGAUGGAGGUGGAGGCAUCCGCUGACAAAGGUUACCAGAAUCAAGGAGCCACUGACACUGCUACUUUGCUACCUCAGAUCUCCGAAUCAUCUUCCAUGACCAGUUAUAUCAUGCCAAACACUAACGUGACUUUAGAGACUUUGCAGAGCACCAAGGUGGCAGUGGCACAGUUUUCACAGGACACCCGGUCUAACAGCCCCACUUCAAUUCAUACAAUGCCCACCAUGGCUAUUCCUAUGAUUCUAGAGCAGUUAGUGGCUCUGCAGCAGCAGCAGUUGCACCAGCUUCAACUCAUUGAACAAAUCCGGAACCAGGUAGCAAUGAUGAACCCGCAGACAAUGCACCCUCUAAACCCUUCUGCAUCCACCCAGGUUACACCAGUAUCUGCUGCUAGCCAGCACGCCUCCUUCAGUGACCAUUCUUCUAACCCCUUGUCAGGCAUCAUUUCAGCCUCGGGCACAGUGCAGGCGCCCAAUGUCCACACUUCAGCUUUCGAUGGCUCCCAGAAAAUCGUUCAGCCCACCUCGGGGGCUAGUACUCCUGUUCUACCCAGUGGUGGAUCACCGCGAUUGGAGUCCACUCUGCCUCCAUCCACAAGUGGAAUUGCAUCUUCCCUGACUCCAAGUUCCAGUGCAAACACAGAUAACUCUUCCGCCCAGUUGCAGUAUUCAACGUCAUCUCUUGCACACGGUAGUCUCCUCAGUCCAUCUUCCAGCAUGCCUAAUCCGCUGCUACCUCAGAAUUCCUCAAGUGGUGUGAUAUUCCCAAACCCCUUGGUCAGCAUUGCUGCCACAACCAAUGCCCUGGACCCACUGGCUGCCCUUAUGAAGCAUCGCAAAGGGAAACCACCCAACGUGUCUGUGUUUGACCCUAAAACAAGUUCAGAAGAUCCAUUUUUCAAGCAUAAGUGUAGGUUUUGUGCUAAGGUCUUCGGGAGUGACAGUGCAUUGCAGAUCCACCUUCGUUCUCACACUGGGGAGAGGCCAUUCAAGUGUAAUAUUUGUGGAAAUCGGUUUUCCACUAAAGGCAAUCUCAAAGUACACUUCCAGAGGCAUAAAGAAAAAUACCCUCACAUCCAGAUGAAUCCAUAUCCAGUACCUGAAUACCUGGAUAAUGUACCCACUAGCAGUGGCAUUCCAUACGGGAUGUCCUUGCCCCCUGAAAAGCCAGUGACAACCUGGCUGGACACCAAACCUGUGCUGUCAACCAUACCAACAUCAGUUGGAUUACAGUUGCCUCCAACUCUAUCGAGUAUUACAAGUGAGUCCCCAACAGUAACUCCUUUAAGCAGGUCACCCCAAAGACCAUCACCUCCAUCCAGCGAAUGUGCUUCUUUGUCACCAAACAUGAACAAGAACGAUUCUAGCAUUCCAAUAACCGCAGAGUCUCCACAAUCAGUUACUGGCAGUACUAUUGUUUCCAUGGUCCAAGGUUCAAACGCAUCAGCUUCAGGUUUCAAUGCGGUAGAAGGCUGUGCGUCCACGCAGUCCGUUUCCUCCGCUGCGUGCUCCACCACCUUCUCUACAUGUGGAGAGAGUGAAGUGAACAGCAUUCCCGCAACCCUUCCCAGUCCUCUGCUCCCCAUCAUAUCUGAUCAGUUCAAGGCAAAGUUUCCCUUUGGCGGUCUGCUGGAUUCUAUGCAAACAUCUGAGACCUCAAAACUGCAGCAGUUGGUGGAGAACAUAGACAAAAAGAUGACAGACCCCAACCAGUGCGUUAUUUGUCACCGUGUACUCAGUUGUCAGAGUGCCCUGAAAAUGCAUUACCGCACACACACAGGCGAGAGGCCAUUUAAGUGUAAGAUCUGUGGUCGAGCUUUUACCACCAAGGGGAACUUAAAGACACAUUUCGGAGUUCACCGUGCAAAGCCGCCCCUUCGAGUACAGCAUUCUUGUCCCAUUUGCCAGAAGAAAUUUACAAAUGCUGUCGUCUUGCAGCAGCACAUCCGCAUGCACAUGGGGGGACAGAUUCCCAACACUCCAUUGCCAGAAGAUUUCUCAGAUAGCCUGGACAGAGACUUAUCUUGUGACGAAAUGAAUGCAGAACUAAUGAGCGACUAUCCUGACGAUGAAAUGAUGGAUGAAAAUUCAAUGGACGAGGAGGCAGAAUUAAACAUUGCCACGAUGGAGUCUUCAAAGCAGUUGUUCUGCUACUCUGGUUCAUCACCAAACUCACCGCCUUCGGUGAUUUCCAACAUUGCCGCACUGGAGAAUCAGAUGAAGAUCAUAGAUUGUGCUUUGGGCACACAGCAGCGAUCCAACGUGAAAUCUGUUGAAAACGGGUCCAUGGAAAGCGAUCGCUUAACAAAUGACUCUUCCUCUGCCGUGGGUGAUCUGGAAAGUCAAAGUGCUGGUAGCCCUGCACUGUCUGAGUGCUCUUCUUCAAUGCAGGCAUUGUCGCCCGUGCCCAGCAAUGCUGGCAGUCACAGGUCAAAGUCACCGGGCUUUGGCAACCAUGAAGAGCCACAUGAAACACCGGUGAAACUAGAAAAAGUGGAAUGUCCAUCAACUCAACGGGAGAAUGGAGGUGCACUUGAUCUGACAGCCACCAACCUGAGCCGGCCGAUCAUCAAAGAAGAGGCUUUUAGUAUGCUGUUCCCCAACCAAGAAUGUGGUAAGUUGAAAAGUACUGUUUGUAGUAUCUGUGGGAAACCUUUUGCUUGUAAAAGUGCGUUGGAAAUUCACUACCGCAGCCAUACUAAAGAGCGUCCAUUCCUUUGCACAAUCUGCAAUCGUGGUUGCUCCACUAUGGGUAAUUUAAAACAGCACUUACUGACUCACAAGAUGAAAGAACUUCCUUCUCAGUUAUUUGAACCCAACUCCACUCUAGGUCCCACCCAAAGUACUCCUAGCCUGGUCACCAGCACUGCACCAACCGUGGUCAAAAUGGAAGUCAAUGGUCACAGCAAGCCGAUCUCCCUAGGUGAUGGCACGCAGGUUCCAGUUGGUAUACAGGCUCCAUCUGCACCACAGACCGCUCUGAGUCCAGGUAUGACACCCAUUCUGGCACCACCACCUCGUCGGACUCCCAAGCAGCAUAACUGUCCAUCCUGUGGGAAGACCUUUUCUUCUGCAAGUGCUCUUCAGAUCCAUGAGCGCACUCACACUGGUGAAAAGCCUUUUGGCUGCACAAUCUGUGGCAGAGCUUUUACAACAAAAGGGAAUCUUAAGGUUCACAUGGGAACCCAUAUGUGGAAUAACUCUCCAGCAAGACGAGGACGUCGUUUGUCAGUAGAGAACCCAAUGGCUUUACUAGGCGGUGAUGCUGUGAAGUUCUCAGAGAUGUUUCAAAAGGACUUGGCAGCUCGGGCAAUGAAUGUUGACGCAACAUUCUGGAACCAAUACGCUGCGGCCAUCACGAAUGGCCUAGCCAUGAAAAAUAACGAGAUUUCUGUUAUACAGAAUGGAGGCAUCCCUCAGCUCCCUGUUAGCCUAGGAGCCAGCAGUAUCCCAGCUUUAACUAGUCUGGCCAGCGGAAUGGACAGGGUUCGUACAGGGAGCAGUCCACCUGUUGCUAGUCUGGAGAAACAAAGCACAGAAGGAGGUGCAAGUCGCCCAUUCGCUAGAUUUAUCGAAGAUGGCAAAGGAAUUGGCAUUAACUAAAACAUGGCACUCUCAAACACAAGUAACAAAUGAACCAUUUUACCAUUGGAAUCUUGUACUAUAUUGUGUACAGUUUUUGGAGCAUACCUUCAAUAGUUGUUAAGAUAUGACUUCAACUCCAAAUACUCAGUUGUUGUGUUAUUCUUGCUCCUUUACUCAUAGCCAGAAUCACGAAAGUUUCAUAUUCUGGUUAUGGUUUGAGUUGUCUUGCAAGAUUUGCAUGGUACUACUUGUUUCAAUAGUAAAUUUUACCGAAAAGUACUUCAAAUUUUUUUUUAGAAAAAUUGUACAUUCAGAAAAUUAAUAGGCCCUAGGUUACAGUAAAAGGACAAACUGUGGGUUGGAAACGGGGAGAGGCCAGGGUUCUAACUUAGUUCCUUGACAAUGGUUCUGAGAGUGAACUGCUAAAAGGCCUGGAAAGCAUAAACUGACUGGAGUAUGGAUGGACAAGUGUGCUAAUUGUCUUCACAUGAAGUAGAAACUUGAAAUUAUAUAUUUUUUCUUUGAAGAUGUCCUGCUCUGUUUAAAAAAAAAGUGAUUUUUGUGUCCCCAGAGGUGUGUUCUAUGAUAAAUGUGCUCAUCUGUACUAUUUAUGAUGUCAAGAUUAUGCGGGUCAGAAAUAGUAUCCAGUCCCACGGUCAUUUUUUGUCAUUUGCAUAAAUAUAUGCAGAGUUAUAUACAAACGAAUACAUGUUUCUCAGACAAAAAAAUUAAGGGUCUGUUACUGACAGCUUUGUAAGAACCAUAGUAAUUUAAAUUGAACCCAGAUACUUUGGUCAAGUCUGGAAGUCUCUUUUCUCAUCUUUAGGAAGAAUACGAUUUUGCAAACCUGUCAUUUUUUCCUUUUUUUCCCCCAAAUGCAAGCGAUUGCUAUUGUAACUGCUUUUUUGAGUGGUGGGCAGUGGGAAUGAGAACAAAUUAAAUGUUUUUGAAGCUGCUAUCUAUCCCUUUUAAGUCAGAGAUGUAUUUCAACUGAAAGAGGAUAAAGUUUUGUGUGAGGAAGUAAAAUCUCCAUUAAAUAACAUUUUUUAAACCUUAGCAUGUGACUUGCUCUAGAUGCAUUCACUUCCAACUUCAGUUACCAUAAGAUCCAGUGUAUAAGUUGCAAGUCAUCUUUACAUGCACACCCUUUCAAAAUUACUCAAAAAUAGACAUCUACAUCAGAUUUCACAGUAUUUUGAGAUAACACUCUAAUUCUUCCUGAAGUCAUAUGUAUGGAAUGUUAUGAAAUUAGGUAUCUCCACCCAGGAAAUAAUUUUCAUUUCAUUUAAACAUGUUGUGUUAAAGCAUUAUUUUCACAGACCUCAUGACAACCUAAGUUCCCAACAAACUACCCUUCCUCUCCCAAACUUUGUGCCUGUUACUCUCUAUUAAUUAUUAAUAUAAAACUGAUCAGCUGGUACAUACUAAUUGCUAGCCCAACUCAGCACACUAAUAAAGGUUAUUAAAUGGCAUGCAGUUUUGUGUCUUGAGGAUGUGCAUGGUGCUAUUGAACUGCAAAUAGGUCAAAACAUACAUAACAUACAUGUAAAGACAAUAAUCCUCAGAUUCAUUCAAAACUUUUUUUCGUACAAUUAACAUAUUCUGGAAACAAAAUUCAGUCUGAGCACUUUUAGCAAAGCUCCAUUAUUUUGAAUGGCUUAGAGUCCACAUUAAAAUGGUAUGGACAGGAAUUUAUGCAAACGUGUUAAUGGGUGUGUUAAAGCUGCAGAAAGGAAACUGAAACCACCAGAGUCCAAUUUUGUUUAAUUGGUUAGAAAUUGACCAUUUUAUUUGUCCUCUAAAGUAGGUGUCAACAUGAAAUCUUUUAUUGUUAUUUUCUCUAAUGAAAAAUAACUUUUACAUGCUGCAGCUCAUGGGAACGUUACUCUGGAUCUGGCAGGCUCAACUUUUAUUGUCCUGUUUCCAUUGUUUUCAGUAGAACAGAUGCCAAGAUGUGAGGCGCAAAGAGAUUUUCUUUUAUUUCACAUGCCAGUAUGAAUCUGGCUUUGCUCCAUUUUUAUAGUGACCUAGAUGAGGGGCAUUUGUACACUGGAGCACAAGUUUUCUGCCCCAUGCUUUCAGAGUCGCUUAUAUUUUGCACAC